AGCACCCGCGGCCCCGGCAGCGCCGACGCAGGCGCACUGCACCGCGCCGCCGCCAUUUUGUGUCCGAGCCUGUGGAGCGAUUAAACCGUGCGCGGAGCUGCUUCUUUGGCGGCAGCUGCGGCGGCGGUAGCCGGUGCGGGUGCGCGGAGCUGUCCGGGGACGCCGGGUGGUCGGAGCGGUGGAGCGGCGGCGGAGCGGGCGCUGCAGGGGGUGUGGCGCGGAGAAUGGUCACAGAUCUGGAGCCAAAGACCAAGAUGCACUAGUGGACAGGUUGCUGCCCAGGGGCUUGAGAGCUGGGUUCUGUGUUCUCUCCUGAAACUGACUUUGCAGCCACGGAGAGGGUACAAAGUGGUAUGGUUCCGGGGUACUUGAAGCCACAAGAUAAGCAUGACCCAUCUUCUUGGAGCUUCAAUUGUGCUCAUUGAGGGGGCGGUGAGUUAAGUAAUUUGACUGGAAGGGGAAAUGGAAGGUGAGGCGGUUGAAGCCAUUGUGGAAGAGUCUGAAACUUUCAUUAAAGGAAAGGAAAGAAAGACUUACCAGCGACGCCGGGAAGGUGGCCAGGAAGAAGAUACUUGCCACCUACCCCAGAACCAGACUGAUGGGGGUGAGGUGGUCCAGGAUGUCAAUAACAGUGUGCAGAUGGUAAUGAUGGAACAGUUGGAUCCUACCCUUCUUCAGAUGAAGACUGAAGUAAUGGAGGGUACAGUCGCUCCAGAAGCAGAAGCUGCUGUGGACGAUACCCAGAUCAUAACCUUACAGGUUGUAAAUAUGGAGGAACAGCCCAUAAACAUAGGAGAGCUUCAGCUUGUCCAAGUACCUGUUCCUGUGACUGUACCUGUUGCUACCACUUCAGUAGAAGAACUUCAGGGGGCUUAUGAGAAUGAAGUGUCUAAAGAGGGUCUUGCAGAAAGCGAACCCAUGAUAUGUCACACCUUACCUUUGCCUGAAGGGUUUCAAGUGGUGAAAGUAGGGGCCAAUGGAGAGGUGGAGACGCUAGAGCAAGGGGAACUUCCACCUCAAGAAGAUCCUAGUUGGCAAAAAGACCCAGAUUAUCAGCCGCCAGCCAAAAAAACAAAGAAAACCAAAAAGAGUAAACUGCGUUACACAGAGGAGGGCAAAGAUGUGGAUGUGUCUGUCUACGAUUUUGAGGAAGAGCAGCAGGAGGGUCUGCUAUCGGAGGUUAAUGCAGAGAAAGUGGUUGGUAACAUGAAGCCUCCAAAACCAACAAAAAUUAAAAAGAAAGGUGUAAAGAAGACAUUCCAGUGUGAGCUUUGCAGUUACACAUGUCCGCGGCGUUCAAAUUUGGAUCGUCACAUGAAAAGUCACACUGAUGAGAGACCACACAAGUGCCAUCUCUGUGGCAGGGCAUUCAGAACAGUCACCCUCCUGAGGAAUCACCUUAACACACACACAGGUACUCGUCCUCACAAGUGCCCAGACUGUGACAUGGCCUUUGUGACUAGUGGAGAAUUGGUGCGGCAUCGUCGUUAUAAACACACCCAUGAGAAGCCAUUUAAGUGUUCCAUGUGCGAUUACGCCAGUGUAGAAGUCAGCAAAUUAAAACGUCACAUUCGCUCUCAUACUGGAGAGCGUCCAUUCCAAUGCAGCUUGUGCAGUUAUGCCAGCAGGGACACAUACAAGCUGAAGAGGCACAUGAGAACCCAUUCAGGGGAAAAGCCUUAUGAAUGUUAUAUUUGUCAUGCUCGGUUUACCCAAAGUGGUACCAUGAAGAUGCACAUUUUACAGAAGCACACAGAAAAUGUGGCCAAAUUUCACUGUCCCCACUGUGACACUGUCAUAGCCCGAAAAAGUGAUUUGGGUGUCCACUUGCGAAAGCAGCAUUCCUAUAUUGAGCAAGGCAAGAAAUGUCGAUACUGCGAUGCUGUGUUUCAUGAGCGCUAUGCCCUCAUCCAGCAUCAGAAGUCACACAAGAACGAGAAGCGCUUUAAGUGUGAUCAGUGUGAUUACGCUUGCAGACAGGAGAGGCACAUGAUCAUGCACAAGCGCACCCACACCGGGGAGAAGCCUUAUGCCUGCAGCCACUGCGACAAGACCUUCCGCCAGAAGCAACUCCUUGACAUGCACUUCAAACGUUAUCAUGACCCCAACUUUGUCCCUGCAGCCUUUGUCUGUUCUAAGUGUGGGAAAACAUUUACACGCCGGAAUACCAUGGCAAGACAUGCUGAUAAUUGUGCUGGUCCAGAUGGCGUAGAAGGGGAAAAUGGAGGGGAAACAAAGAAGAGUAAACGUGGAAGAAAAAGAAAGAUGCGUUCUAAAAAAGAAGACUCCUCUGACAGUGGAAGCUGGUCUAGAUUUGAGCAAUGAAUCUAAUGGACGUGAAGAAGGUUGCUUAAGCAUCUUGACCAACUUCUGGUUUGACUGCCUGUGUCAGCCUAGCCUUGAGAUGUGUUGAUCAGAUCCAUGAAGGUCAGCCUUUCUCUUCCUACCUUAAUCUCUGAAUUUUAAAAUGUAACACUUUGCCUAUUUUCCUACCGUUGAUGCUUUCUGGGGUGUUUUUGCCUUUCUAGUCAUGAAAUCCAGGUGCUCUGGUAUGGUUUUGAGGUGCUAGAGUCAUGAAGAGGGAGGGAGAACAAGAGUGUCGGUAACAUAGGAGUCACAUUUGAUUGUACACACUUUUUCAUGGUGGUAGGCUUUUUCAAUGUGGAUACUUGGACUACUGGCCAAGUAGUUGAGAAAGCACAUUUGUGACUAAAGAUUUAAGUUUUUUAUGGUAAAAGAUGUAUGUAAAGGGGUUUUGUUUUGGGGAAUACACUACCCCAGAAGCACCAUCGGACUGGAAAGAUUAUAGAUGGCGCCUUAUGUGUUUCUAAGGCUCUUCAUUUUGUCUUUUGCAUGCUUGUUAGAAGUAAUGGGGAGCGGGGGCAGCUGGGUGGCUCAGUUAAUCAUCUGACUUUUGGUUUUGGCUCAGGUUGUGAUCUCACAGUUUGUGGGUUCAUACUCCACAUCGGGCUCCACACUGACAGUGCAGAGCCUGCUUGCUUGGGAUUCUCUCUCCGCCCCUUCCCCACUCAGUGUGCACGCACAUGCGUGCGCUCUCAAAAUAAACAAACUUGGGGGGGAGAAGCUUCAGUAAUAAUGGGGAGGGAUUGAAAUUUUUGAAGGUUGAACAUGUUUGAGAACUUCAGUGACUUUAUUGAUUUUAUCUAAAACUUGCUUAUGAAAGUACUGAUUUUUUAUAUUUAGAUCUGUAACAAGGUCCUUUUUAGUAUUUGUGUAUUUUGUAUAUUUUAAUAAAGGCUUUACUUUUCUAUUUAGAACUUUUCUGAGAGAUUAUUCAUCCAGUAAGCAUAAGAGUAAUUUAUUUUUUGCUGUCUUUUCUAGAAAUCUAUUUUAAGCAUUAUCUUCAUCACUGGGUUUUAAGUAAACAAACCAAAAAAUGUUGGUUUGCUUUAAUCUUUAUAAAAGCAUACCACCCUUGGGGCACCUGGAUGGCUCAGUCAGUUGAAUGUCCAACUCUUGAUUUCGGCUCAGGUCAUGCUAUAACAGUUUGUGAGUUUGAGCUCCGCAUUGGGCUCUACGCUGACAGUGUGGCGAUUCUCUCUUUCCCUCUCUCACUUCCCCUCCUCUGCUCACACACUCUCUCUCUCUAAAAUAAAUAAAUAAACAUUGGGGCGCCUGGAUGGCUUAGUUGGUUAGGCAUCGGACUUCGGCUUAGGUCACGAUCUCACCGUUUCCGAGUUCCAGCCCCGCAUCGGGCUCUGUGCUGACAGCUCUGAGCCUGGAACCUGAUUCAGAUUCUGUCUCCCUCUCUCUUUCUCUCUGCCCCUCCCCUCUUCCCCCACAGUCUCUCUCUCUCAAAAAUAAAAUAAACAUUAAAAAAAAAAAUUACAAAUUAAUAAACAUGAAAAAACAAAAACCCCACACCACUCUUUACUGAGAAUCUUUGUGGGACCCCUUUGUUUGGCUAAGAAAUGAAUGAAUGGACUGUUGGGAGAAGCCAGGGGAAGUCACAGGCUCCAAAUGCCACCAGAGAUCCAUGGGUAACCUUGAGCUCAAGGAUGUCUGUAAGUGCUUCUAGUUACAGAGCCUCCUCCUGCCACAGACGUUGGCUCUUAGUUUUCUUGGUGAUGUGCACCAUCAGCCUCACUCCCUAAUUAUGUUUCACCAGAGCAUCUUUCAGCUAAAGAUUUUACUGAUGGUUCCCAGUAGAUUUCUGCCAUUCCUCCUUUGGCUUCUGCACUGCUGGCUUGUAGAGCACAGUUUGGGUCUGGGCCUUGUACCCAGUGUCUUUGUAUCCACCCCCCCCCCCCCGAAAGUCAGGGCCUUCCAUCCCUUUGCUGACCAAGGCCACACAGUCAUAUUUGUUCUCUCCCAGAAGUUCUGCCUGCAGAGAUUAACCAGCAGAGUCUACUGCUAUUUUCAAGGCUUUUUGCCAAAAUCUCUCCAAGCCAGUAAGCCUUUGACCCUAUUAACCUUCUUUGUGUGGCUUUUUCCCCCAAUUCUGACUGAAUUUGUUUGGUUUUCUAGGCAUUAUGCCAACUUAGGCAAUAGGGGGCUUGAAUAAGUUCAACAGGGAAGCAUCUUGUUCUUGACACACUGCCACAUACCAAUGUAUUCUUCACAUUUUCACUUAGGAUUUGACAAAUAAGGCAUUUUGUCCUGAAGAUAAAGCAUUUAGUCUUUGAUAUCUAAAUUUAAAUGUCUGGACCCAGGGGAAGACUGUAUAACCUGUGCUUCUGAGAGGAAGGCAGGGAAGGCGCUUUGUGUGCUGUGGUGAGCAGGGAGGGGCAGCAGGACAGCCCCAGACAGAGGCCAGAGGUGAAUUCUGUCUGCUGCAGUUCACCCGUGCCUUACAAAUCACUUGGCUUUUCACUUUUUCUAUAAAAUAAGGGUAACCCCUCUUAUUAAAUGAAGUAAUGAAGCCUGAAUGGAAUAAUGGAGAAUUUAAAAACUGUGAUCUGUGGUGUAAAUAAGAGCUAUGUCUGUGCUAGAAAGUGUAAGUUAUAAAGCAUGAUUAUAUGUGUUGUUAGUUCAGUCCUUUUGAUCCUCAAAUCAGCAGUAAGUGUAGAGAUCAUACAAGGAAACUGGGAUUCACUGUGGUAAUUGUCCCUAGUAAGGGACACCUUACAUACACCUAGUAAGAUAUGUGGGAUUCAAAGCCAUAUCAUCGGGCUCCUUGUCAGUAUUCUUUCUACAAUAGUCCUGUCUCCCUAUAUGUGAUCAUGGCAUCAGAGAGAAAAUUAGAGAGUUGAGAAUGACCCAUUGAAUCUGACAUAGCUGGGAAUUAAGUCCAAAAACUUGGCUUUAAAAAAAAAAAAAAACAUCAAUAAUAGUCCUAAAAGAACUCUUCACUGCUUAUCCUAGUAAUAGGAUGUCACAGUGCAAUAGAAAGUUAUGUCUUGCUCUCUGACACACACACACACACCUUCCUCUCAGAGAUAAGCAGGAGCACAUCUUCAAGGGUCUGUCUCAGGCUAGGUGUCCUGCUUUGUCCUUGUAUAAUAGAGGGAACGUAUGUUUUCAGCUUAAAUACUGUUUUUUUUGUCUAUCUAGCAUAUGAUGGAGUUGCCUGUUAAGAAUUUGAAACUCAAUAUUCUGAUGUCUACAGCUAAAAGAAAAAAGUAAUAUCCAGUCCAUAUAAAGUAUGAAUAGUAGUCUUCAAGCUGAUUUGCUUAUUAAUUCUACCACAAUACCAGUUUACUCUGUCAGUGUUGAUAGCAAAAAUUCUAGCAAAAGCAUUUUUACAUGGAUUUCUAUUAAAAUAAAUACGUAACUAGACAUAACAGAAUAUGUGAUAUGUGUGUGUCAUAUUUUUCUUCCACCAUACUUCUUCUUGCCCCACCACCU